AUGGCCUCCAUCUCUGCAAGGCGCCUCGCCAAAGAACUCAGAGAAAUUCAGGGAGAAGGUUGUCCAGUUGGCAUUUCUCUUUUAAAGGCAGACGAUUUCGCGACAUGGUGGUUCUCCAUCGAGGUCAUGGGCGAAUCUCUGUAUCAGAACGAAGCCUACACCCUUCAAUUUCGAUUCGAUUCGCAAUAUCCCAUCUCCUCACCUGCUGUGCAGUUCGUCGUAACAGACGGUAAACAGGCGCCAAUUCACCCACAUGUGUACUCAAACGGACACAUCUGCGCAUCCAUUCUUGGAAAUGAAUGGUCUCCAGUUUUGAGUGUCGUGGCAGUUUGCGUCACUUUACAAAGUAUGCUAGCCUCUUGCAAGAAGAAAGAGAGACCAACAGACAAUGACCGAUAUGUACGUACUGCGCCCGAGAACCCUAAGAAGGUAAGAUGCCAUCUGCCUAAAUCUGUUUCAUCUGCUAACUCCUUUCCAGACACAAUUCCAUUAUGA